UAUCUGCUUUUGCGUUGCCAGGCAUUGCUCUUUAGUUGUGGGUGUUAUGUUAUUGUUUUAUUUUGAAUAGCAUUAGCAUUUGAAAUGUCUAAUUCGGAUGACUGUUGCUUAUAAUCCAUUAGGCCUUUUUCUACAGUAUGCUGUAAAUCCCCGACAUUCAUAACUAGAGACGAGAAGGAAGUAGCGAGGCAAGAGAUGGUAACCAUGAGGAUUCGGACAGAAUACAUGAAGAAAUUUAAAGAUCCCAAAUGGGAAUCCUACUCCAAGUGUUAUGAGGAGUUGUUCAGGUACCGGAUGGCCCGGAGGCUUCUAGAGCACAGCCACAACCCUUGGUUCUGGAGCGGAUCCGACACCGACUCCGAUGUUAGCGAAAGCCCUACGCAGUCGAACAAAAAACCCACAGAAACUGUAACCGCAGGAGACCGACAAGAUGCUGAAGAAUAUGAACAAUGUAGGGGAGACGGUAGAGUCCGGCAGGGGAGGCACAGGGUAACUCUACCGGGUAGCACAGAAACGGUACCAAAGAUUCAACUUCCAGAAGAGGUUGAGGAUGCGUCUCAUACGACCUCUGCUGUCAACGGAGGCCAACGUGAAGGUGUGGCCGAGUUAAGACCCCAAGUGGAGGAGGAGAGCGAGGAGCAGAGGGCCAACAGUAGAUGUAGUAAUCAACCACCAACUCUUGCAAAGCAACCUGACCAAGAAAGAGUUUCCCGCCACCCAGAGCGGGUGAAGACCGCCUCCAGGUCUACUAAAGCACCUCAGCUUGUUAAGAGAGUGAGGUCUGCGCCGAAGCACAGGCCUCGGGACGAGAGCAUGGAGGGCCGGCAUCCCUUUGCCCUGUACGGGCAGGGGGAGCGGGCUGCCGACAUGGCUGCCAAGAGGACUCAUAAUGUGGGCCCUGCGGCCUCCACUGGGGAGAUCCAUGAGUCAGCACUACGAGCCAAGACCAGGCGGGAUGUAGAGCGUCUUCUCCAGACCCAGCGAGUCGAGCAGCGAAGAGCGAAAUCGGCUGACCUGGACAAGAAAAGAACCGGGCCAGAACAGCCGGAGUUUAACCCCUGGCUGACGGAGUACAUGAGAUGCUUCUCCGCCCGUGCACGGUAGAACAAAUGGAUGGACCAACAUUGUGGUCCUCAAAGACUAACACACACACACACACACACACACACACACACACACACACACACACACACACACACACACACACACACACACACACACACACACGUACACCAGCAUCCUUUGUAGAUUUACAGGUUGUGUCUAUAUUAGAAAAAUAUAAAUUGUUAUUGAAUUGCGGUUUUAAUGUUCUUAGCGUUUGCACAGUGUGUCUGUCAGACUGCACAUCAUGUAGGUAUUUUUAGUCUUUGUUUCGUUAGCAGAGUAGUUUAGAUAAGAUCAAAAGCUUUUCAUUCGGGAUAUCGUGGUUGUGGAUGAUGGUUUUCUAUUUCUGUAUAUUACAACACACAUAAUGUAUUUUAAUCAAUGGUUAAGAACAAAAAUGGUUUUACUCCUGUUAUUGUACAGAAUGAAAUGUAUUUGGUUUGAGAUUUCUUUUUUUGUGACCUGAAUAAUAGUGUUUGUAUAGUUAAUAUAAUGUGUUACACAAUUCUUUUCAACCAAGUAAUUUGAUGUGAAAAGAGGCAUUCCAUGAGCGCUGAUAUAGGGUUUCAACAGCUUUGGGACUUUUAACUAUACAUGCAUCACUCCGCUUUACAGAUGUUUAUAAUUAUCGUUAAUUAAUCCAACAAUCGUGAACUGUAAACUCAUUGGCAUCACACAUGCUACCAAGAGACUGUCAACAUUCUCUAAUUUCACUGGUUUCACAAUAAAUGGAAACCUACAGAUGAAUGUACAUGAUACAUUCUAGAUACAUAGUAGCUGGCCUACAAUAACUGUAGACCUACACAAAGUAGCAAGUUAGUGUGCAGGAAAAUGUUUGUGUUGCUUGGCAACAGUCCAGUCCCAGUCGAGUUGCAGAACGUUUUGUGCUGGCGGAGCCGAACAAAUGAUUAAACAAACAAAUCCUAA